AUGUUCCUCUUUGCUUCUGGUGACGUGAAUGGUUGGCUGCGACCAUAUGUUGUCUUACUGUCAACAUGCGAUAUAGAGAAAUUGCAUAUGAAUCGUAUAACUAUGACUGUGUCAGGAUUUUUCUCAGAAGCGACUUGGAGCUUAGCUCGGGUAAUGGAGUUUCACGUAGGAAUUCCGCGAGGAGACGAGUUAGCCACGCGAAAAUGGAACAACGAAGCGCCUUGA